GUGGCCAAACAAGCAGAUGUGUUGCAGCUGAGAGGCUGCACGUGUUUAUUCUCUGUAGUUGAGCUCCAUGCGAUGCACGUUACAGGUGAUCGAGCUCCCCUCGUGCAGCACACAGAGAACCAACGCUGAGCUGCUGGCAUAAUGGGAGAGAGUGGGUAAGAGACAGACUACUGUUCAUGGAGCAGAGACAAGUUUUGCUGUGGACCUGCCUGCUGGGGGCUGGACUCGCUUUAGUCCAGCCUCCAGCCUUCCCUGUUACAACUUUCAAAGCUCACCCUCGGCCCCCACGGCUAAUUGGCUGUGUGUUCAUUAUCCGAAGUAACGUUACUUGCCGUUGGGAGCCUGUGAAUAUCCCAGCAACACAAUACACUUUACGGGUUCAGAGGAUACCUGGUGUGCUUUUGGGGAUAACUGGGAAAUACUCCAUGGCAGCAAACAGCUCUCUAGAAACUUUCACCUGCACCACGACUGGCACAAGCUGCACCAUAGGAAUCCCAACCUUAAAAGUGAGGAUCUACUUUUGCAUUAGUAUCAGAGCACAAGGUGGAAGCUUCAACAUUUUAUCAGAGCCUCGAUGUCAGCCUGGUAGGAAAGAAGUUGUCUUGCCUCCAGUGAUCUUGGACAAUGUAAAACAAGUUCUUGGUUCACCUCAAUGUCUUAAUGUAUCCUGGCGCCGCAGCUUGUCUGUUUUUCCUGUGUCUGACUCAGAAAUUGAAGAUGGAGACCUGAAUUCACAAAUACAAUUCCAUACGCAAACACAGCUGGAUGUUCAUGUCCAUAAUGUGACAGUGACAGGUCCCAGUGUCCUGGUUUGUCUCUUCAAACCUGACACAACAUACAUCAUCAGACUUCGCAACCGCUACCAGGGCCCAGCAAGCCCAUGGAGCUCGUGGAGCAACCCACUUCAGGGGAAGACAUCAGAAGACGCCCCAUCUGCAGCACCAAUAUUCUGGAGGCAAGUGAAACACACUGAUGGGAAUGAGUGGAGGCUUGUUUCUCUGCUUUGGAAGCCCUUACCUCACUAUCUGGCCAAUGGCAGAGUUCUCUUCUAUAAUGUGACCUGUCAGAGAGAAAAUGCUCAACCUCUGAUUGAUUAUGGAAACUGUAGAGAUUUGCAUUACCCGAGUACCUCCUGCAGCUUUCCUCUUCCUGCUAGCCGUUGUUCCUGCACUAUUACUGCCUCUACAUCUGCAGGGAUGUCACCAGAAGCCAGAAUCUGGUUCCUUGGCACCACUGAAACAGAGCUUCCACCCCCAAGCCAUGUCAUUGCCUGGCCGCUAGAUGACAGUAGCUUGGAGGUCCACUGGACAUCUCCAAGGAAUCGAUCAGUAAGCGGCUUUGUUGUGGAGUGGUUCGCUGUCAGAGAGAAAACCAGCAGCAUAUUGCACUGGGAAAAGUUAAAUAGUUCCUACACAAAGCUGGUCAUAGCAGAAGGAGUAAAUCCAAUGGAGUGUUAUGCUGUUUCUGUCAAAAUGCUGUAUGGUGAACAAGGAGCAGGGAAAGACAGGAUGCUCCACAUUUAUACAAAACAAGGAACGCCCUCAGCUGGUCCAAAUGUGACAGUGCAGCACAUCUCUGGCGGCAAAGUAGAGCUCAGCUGGAGUCCAGUACCUGUGGAGCUGCUUCAUGGUUUCCUCUGCAACUACACCCUGUUUUACACAACCAGAAACCAAACAGCAAAAAGAGUAUGUGUUCCUGGUCAUGUUCACCGCUACACUCUAGUGGAUCUGUCGCCUGGUAACUACGACAUCUUCAUGCGGGCCAAAACUGUCGCCGGCCCCGGACCAGCUGGGACCCUGGUUAAUGUGCACAUUGGCUCUGAGGAAAUUUCACUCAUGCUGUCUGUCGUGGUUCCAGUCAUGAUGUCUUUCCUUGUGCUGAUGGCCUGUGUGGUACAGAUGAAGAUGAUAAAACAGAAGCUGUUUCAAGAGGUUCCUAAUCCAUCCAACAGCAGCUUGUCCCACUGGACCCAUGAAACUAAUUUAAAGAGCAAGAAGGUGAUACAAGAGAAGCCUGAUAUAAAAUACUCUGAGGUCAUUUUGCUUGACAAGGUGCAAGACUUGGAGGAUGACCAUGGCUAUCAGCGUGUCCAUGGUCAAACAUAUUUCAUCCAACACUUCUCCUCACUUCCAGGAAGAAAUUUGGGGAAAGCAUUAACCAGAAAUGAGACCGAGGAAACUUCGGUCACUGAUCUCUCCACCUCCCCCUGCAUCUACUCUGACAUUCUCCACUCUCAAACUCUCACAUAUCUCCCCACACCCCUCCUGUCAUCCUCCAAUCUCCAUCCCAGUGACUGUGAACCCAGAACGACCUGUUCUAAUAACAUUAUGCUGCAACCAACCAGAGACGGUGAAUUGUCUUACUUACAUCCACCAGAUGAAGAGAAAAGCUGCUUUCUUCUGGAACACCUUCAAAGCUUCGUGUCCUCCGACUCAGGCGGUUCUUCUCAUUUAUCUGUAUUAUUUUCUCACCAGAAUGAAGUCAGCAGAUUAAACUCGGCGCUUCCCCUUCAACCCAACACAACCUACCAACCACAAGCUCCAUUUGAAAUUUUUCCAAAGACAUUUUCACUUUUUCCUCACUCUGGUUUUGUGAAUUUUACCUACAGCUCUGUCCAAUGUGAUCCUUACAUUCCCUCUGAUGUUUAAUUUGAUGGACAUCUAGUUAUAAAAGCACUAUUAUGAAGUUGUUUUAGUAAAGACACUGAUUGUUUUACCAAUUUAAACUGCUCAUCAAAACAUACUAAGAUUAAAAUGAGCAGUGCAGACUGUCAGCUUUAAUUUGUUAUUGGUAGAAAAGUUUACAAAGUCCAAUUCUUUAAUGUGUGUCUCUUUUUCCAGGGGUUUAAACAAGCUUAUGAUGUUCAAAAACAGUGUUAUGGGCAGAGUUGAGCUAAUCCUUUAUUUUCCAGUGAAUAUAAGAUGUAAAACAUCUUAAUUCCAGCUUCAUCAGUUUGAAUCUGAAAGUUUUACCGUGAUUAUUAAAAAUCCCCCCCAUCACAUCCUCCAGUGACAAAGUCCAUUACCUCUCAAGAGUUUGGGAUCACUUUCCCAUUGGAUAUAAUGGGAAAGUGAUGCUAGGAUUUUGAUUAGUAGUGUACAUAUAUUCCAGUGCCACAGUUCUCACACCGGUGGUAUUCGCGCUCCCUCCAGUGGUCCACUGCAGAAUUUUCUGAUAUCAAUCAAUUUAUAGCUUUGUGUGGAUAAAUAUAUCUUUAUAUAGUCAGAUGAAAAUCAUAUCUUUGGAAAAUGAUCAUUUGAAUUUUGAAAAAACAACAACAACAACAACAAUAAUCUUUAUCCGAACAAUAAACUGGGAUGGACAGUAUAUUCAUAUUUACCAAAACAGAAAAAAGUAGUCUUUGUUGUUGUUUAUUGUAAUUAAUAGUCCUUUUUUAAAACUGGAAUUUGUUGAUUUUCAUGUUUGUGAGCCCAUUAUGUUAACAAAAUAUACUGUUUGUCCAAAAUAAAAGUCUAACACUCUUAAUAUUUAGUUGGAGCACCUGUAGCUCUGACUGUGGCAUACAUUAGCAUCAUUUCGAUAAGCUCUUAUUUUUUUGUUUAUGGAUGAACUGCAGAUUUGGAAAAAUGCAGCAAAGUUAACCAGCCUAUUCUUCAGACUACAUCAAUCAAUGAGGUUUUUAAAGGCAAACAAGUGUAAUAUUACAAAUAAUGAUCAAAUUUCAACCUGUUUAAAAGUGGGACCAUCAUGCUACUAUGUUAGUUCUUCAAGAUAAAACAUGAAAAGUUUGAAAUUAAUUUAUUUCUGACUGACUCUAUUGAGUCUAUAUAUUUCUGAGCCAUUCAAAGUUUUUUCUAUGUUUUAUUUGUUUUUUGACACUACACAGUAUGCAUACUUGGCUUAACUUAUUAGAAUUAGAAUCCAGUUAGUCUGGAUUCUUGAUAUCAGUAAUUAACACAUUUUCUGUUAUAAGUCUGAAGUUUGGUCAUUAAGUCGUGUUGUAGUUUUGUCAUUUGGGAGUUUUACAAGCUUUACAUUAUUUGUUUAUUUGAGCACUAAAAUAUGAACUCUGCAUGAAUCAUGACUGAAACUUUAAAAUUGUGCAUUUUCUGCAUUUACUGAUAUGAUCCUUCUGGAUAAUGUGCAUUUAAAAUUUAUGAUAGUCCAGCAGGGACUGAAUGUUGAUGAGAAUGUUUUAAACAUUAAAUGAUUCAGAGAGACCCCUUUCAUUAGGAAAAGCAGAGAGUAUUUAUGUUCAUAUAACUAAGGAUUUUGUGUUUGACUGCUCCUUUUUCCACACUAGAAAGUAAAAGAAAGAAGGAGGCAGUAUUUGACAUCAUAAAACAAUUUUUUUAACUUAAAGGAACAGUUGUUUUAUAGUCAUUUUACUUGCUAAUCAUGACGGCUCUCAAGCACUGGGAAAUUAACCCAAUAACACCUACUAACACCUAGCUUUUCCCUAUACUGGGAAUGUUACAGCUGCAUUCAUCUCUGCAUCAGAUGACUCUGCCUUAGUCACUGGUAUUUAUUGAAUAAGCAAAUAGCUUAGUUCAUUAUUUACUUGACCAAUCAAAACUGACUGCCCCGAACUGACCUUUGGACCCUGACAAUGUGCAUUUAAUCACAAAAAAAUCUAUUAUCAAGUCAAUGCUGUACGGUUAGUCCACAGGACCAUCAUACAAACCAUCUUAUUGUGUAACUGUCUCUUGUGAGAUCAUUACAAAGAAAAUGGACCAAAGCCCUUAAAAUUUACCAAGUAACACCAAGUAACUUUCAGUGUUGCUUGGUGAGAUCCUGCGAGCGGUCUCAUACAUAGCCAACUCUAAGCAGCACCAGGAUGGUGGUGAUGAUGAUGAUGAUGGUGAAGAUGCAGAGAAGGACAAAGUGUUUCACUGUCAAAAAAUGUAAUACUGUAAGUAAUUAUUUUAGACAUAAACAGGAUUAUUACUGCUGCACUGAUGAAUAAAGCUGGAUUUAUGUUCGCAUCUGCAACUCUAGCUUAAUUGGGAAGUGAGAACUCUCUGAAUUUAAAACUGCAGCUGUGCAGUCAUCGCUGCGCCUGAGGCCACUAGAUCCACUUACUGAUGAAAACAUGUUUAUGUCUGCAAAGAUUUUG